CUUGAAGAAUGUCUGGAAUAUGGUUAUUAUCAUUUUGCAACAUUUUGUUAGCAUUGAUUGCCAGAGAAAAGGUAGAUGGUGGAAAAGUCUUUAUUCAGCCAUUUUCAAGUUCAAGUCUUAGUCGUAAGGAUGCCAUGGAGAAAAUAGCGGACAUUCUUGCGGAUGCUGGUCAUAAUGUGACUUUUCUUGCUCAUACAGAAUAUAAAAUACCUGAAACAUUUACAACUUCAGGGGUUAAUGUACUGAAAUAUAAUUUCCCUAAGGAAAGCACUUUUGAAUUGACAGAAGGUGACAUUGAUAGCUAUAUUUCAACGCCAAUACUCGGGGAAAUGGGACUUAUAAUGAAUCGUGGAAGCUCAUAUGAGAGAGUUCAAGUAAAUCCAGCAAGGAGCCUUUUUGGUAUGGACAUGAGUUUCUUCGAAAAAAUGAAAGAAGCUGAAUAUGAUGUUGCGAUCUUUGACUCUGUUGACGUUAUCCUAGGGGGCAUCAUGCAGAAGUUUUUGAACAGGCCUACUAUAAUGUGGUCAAAUACUGGAUAUGAAUUCACUUGUGUCAGCAUGCAUGUUCCACUUUCCUUGUCUACAGUGCCAUCUAUGUUUACCGAAUACUCCGACAGCAUGACUUUCAUGGAACGAUUUUACAAUGUGUUUUAUCACCUAGCAAUGAGAUAUUACACAAGGUCAUUCUUAGAAAUGAAGUUUGAUUUUUUGAAACUGUAUGGACCGAAGCUUGGACUUAGCAUUGCCAAAGAUGAGGAUUUAUGCGAUGCUGAUCUUCUUCUAGCACAAUCCAGUAUUGCAUAUUUUUACCCCCGGCCCCUAAUGCCCAAUGUUAUACCAGUGUUAGGCCUCAAGGACAAAAAGUCCAAUCCAAUUAACUCUCCGUUCAAAGAGUUUAUAGAUGGCGCUGGUGAACAUGGAUUUAUUAUUCUCUCAUUUGGCUCUUUGCCAAAAGGAAUGGAUGAGGAAAAGCGAGAGAUUUUUGCAUCCGUUUUUGCCAAACUUAAACAGCGAGUAAUCUGGAGAUAUGGUGGCCCGACACCAAAAAGUCUUGGUCCAAAUACAAUGUUGGUUCCAUGGAUACCACAGAAUGACAUGUUGGGUCAUCCAAAUGUGCGAGCAUUUAUAACUCACUGUGGGGUAUCGGGAUCUGCUGAGGCUGUCUUCAAAGCAGUUCCAGUUAUCGGCAUCCCAUUGUUUUUUGACCAGCGUCAACAUUGCACAAUUCUCACAAAGCGUCACGGCAUGGGCAAAGUCCUCUUCUUGAAUGACAUCACAGUAGAGAGGUUAACUAAUGCAUUACUUGAAGUUCUGAACAAUCCCAAGUAUAAAACUAAUGCUUUGAAGGCUCAAGAACUAGCCAGAGAUCAACCUAUUAAUGCAUCAUACACAAUACAGUACUGGGUUGAAUAUGUCAUGAAGCAUAAAGGGGCUGACCAUCUUAAGUCAACAGGAAUGAGACAACUAAACUUCUUUCAGUAUUUUCUACUUGAUAUACUGUUUGUUGUUAUUGGAUGUGUAACCAUGGUGAUUCUGGCUAUGUACUGCAUACUAAGAAGAAUUUUCAUCAAGACAACACAAAAAAUAAAACUGUCUUAAAUAGAUGGCAUCGGAUGUAUAUUCAUUUUUGAAAUUCUAAGGGCUUUCAAAAAAUCAUUUGUUGAUAACAAUACACUGCAUUCACUAGAUAU